GCUCCUUUGUAUUCUACCUGUGUUAACGACAUUGUUCAAGAUUAAGCACCGCCCCGCCUUAUUGUUUACUUAUAGGUACUUUUAUAAUGGAUCGUUUGCAUUCCACCUGUGUUUCGACAUCGGUUCGGCAAACCAAUUAAGCACGCUUUUGUAAUACGGUUACCAUUGACAUCACAAACAGAAAGUAAAUAGCUGCCUUUCAGCACAAAAUGGUAAUAGAAUUUUUGGAAUUUUUGUGGACAAAAGAGAAAGACAUGACGCAACGGCUCAGCUCUUACUAUGCUGAAGUUUUAUUUUUUUUAUUCAUGCCGUGGUUGAACAAAUAAUGUAAAAGUUACAUGAUAACCCACUUAAGCCGAGAAGAGAAAAUAAAACUCCACAAGGAUAGGUUGGUACGUUCACAAAAGCAGAAAUAACUAAAUAAAGCAUUUGAAACGUACCAACAGAGAGGUAUAUUGAACGGUUGUUUACAGUUGGACUGCGAACAGCACCUACAGCAGUAACCGCCUCAGCAGUGCACUGGUUUCAGCCACUUGGGUAUCUAUAACUGUGUCAUGUACUGCUCUUUGUUGCAAUAAAAAAAAACUUUAAUUCGCCUUGUUUGCCCUGUCGUCCUCUCUACCUGUCCCUGUAGUCAUGGCCUCCACGUUGCAAAUAUCUGGCUCAUCAUUUUCAGCAGGAGACUGGCUUAUCUCCUGCUCAGAUGCUCCAAAGAAAAAUGAAAACCGCCACAUAGUGGGUGAUAUGAAAGGUUUGAUUCAAUUUAAUACGUGACCCACUCUCAGCAGAAUGCUGGAUUUCAUCUAGCCGUAUGAUACAUGGAACAUUCCAAUGAAACACAGGAAUUUCAGUCGUUCACAUUUAAAUUUGCCGGGUGGGUGUGCCUUGAUGGCCCGAGCCGUUCUCUGCGAAGUGGCCCAUUCAUCGCCCACCAAUCCCAGCAGGGCUGGCGAGAGAGAGCAGACAUAAAUACUGCCAGCCAAAGGCAGCAGAACUCAGUGUUUGCCUGACUCUGACCAGCUUGCUGCUCUUUGUGGAUUCAUUUGCUGCCUUUUCCCGACCUUUCGACCCUACCAUUUUCUUUUAAGAUGGCUUCUCAAGCUGAGACGAGGCAAGAUGUGUUUUUCGUCUCACCGGGGCUCCCCUUUGUGGAAGCUUCCCGGAACAUUUUCACUCAAGAAUUCCCCAAUGCAGUUAACUCAUGAAACGUUGUCAUUCCCUUGCAGUUGCGACGAGCCCACCGUGGUGCACUGCCUCAAGUGCAACAAGGCCCAGCUGAACCUCUCUGUCCACCUCAGACGGGUGUGCAUGAGGGACAACACGGCAGAGGAAAGGGCGGCGGAGCUCCGCAGGAUGAAGUCCUCCAGCCGGAAGUUUGUCCGCCAGUCCAGGUGCUGGGACUACAACUUCCUCUGUCAGCUGAUGCCACACGAACCCAGCCGGCGAGCGAUGGUGAACGCGUUCGUGGAACGGGGCUUCUUGGUGGACAACCUGCCGCGUGCGGACCCAGGCGUUGCCACCGGCCCUCCCGCAGCAGCAGAAGCAGCAGCGGCGGCUCCUACCUCAGCGGCUGCUGUGGUCUCCCCGUCGUCGGCUCAUGCAGCAGGGCCGAGUGGUCCAACGCCGCAAAGGAACAUUCCAGCUGCGGCUGUCCGCAUGCGGAUGAAGGAGGCCGGUCUCGAGAAGAAGUUCCCCAGCGACGACCGGCUCCUUGUGGGCUUCAAGCAGCACUUGCUGGAUGACCUGAGGGUCACCAACGCUCAGCGAGAGGUCGACAACGUGUCCCGCCUCCUGCGCUACCUGCAGCCGACUGGGGACGUGGCCACUCUGGACUUCCUGGCCAAAAGCGCGGAGACCAGAGACUUCCUCGGCCGUCUAAUCAGCGCCGGGAUGAGUGCGGCGUCCACACUCACCUACAUGAGGAGCAUCCUCCGCUUUGUUGAACACCUGAGGAGUCGGUCGGAUCCGGGUGUUCCUGAUCUGGAGACCAAGUGCCGGGCCUACGCGGGGCAGGUGGAAGGUUUCCGACGGGUCGUGUCGAAGAGCCGGUCCAGCGACGUGCCCUCUGGAAGAUGCGUGCACUUCUUGGACCGCACGCGCGGCCUCGCGGAGUGCCAGGAGGUUUUGCGUGCCGGUGAAGCGGACUUCCUCCGGACGUUCCAGAAGUGCGUCUCCGGCGAGGGCGGCGAGGGGAUGUCCGAGAGCGAAAAGACUGGCUACAGGUACUACCUGGAAGCCGUCCUGGUGCUACGUCACUUCCAGAGCCCGGGAGCAGUGGAAGCAUUCACCGUUCGCCAGUGGCUAAGCAGGGAGCCGUGCGACAACGGCGCCGUGAUUGCCAUCUGCGAUCCCACUGCGGCCAUGGAGCUCUCCAGGUUUGCCAUCACCCGAGAGGAGGAGGCGGUAAGUCCUGGUGCCUGCCGAGUUUGCUUACCAAUCGCCGUGCAGCGCGAUGCAGAGUGCACGGUGCAGUCCCUUGCCGUCGAGUGA